AUGGCAAGUUCCGAAGAUGAACGCCUCGCAAAGGAGAUUGAGUUGCUCUCCGAUGAUUUAUUGGGCGACCUUCACAAGUAUCUCGAUCAGAUCAGUAUCGCGGGUCGUAUUGCAACCAGUAAAAGACUCGACAUAUUCGUGGAUCCACAAGUGCGACUAGCGGGUACAGAUGGUUCACCUGGGCACGAUAUUCCGAUUUCUCUGUGCCCAAGGGAUGCUCUCAAGCUUAUCGAAGCCGCUCAGCUAGCUCUAUCUGGCGAGGGAGAGGAGAGUUUCGCCGAUGCAUCAGCGGCCCAUAGAUGGGAGAUUACUCCGGAUCGAUUCUCGCUAGGCGAACACUGGCAGAUCUACGUCAACACAAUCUUGAACACGGUAUGUAAGGAGCUUGCAGUACGCGGAGAUGGUACAAGUGCGAAGCUGCACAACAUGCUCCUGUACGAGAAAGGAGCAAUUUCAAAGCAUCAUGAUGCCCGAGAGUCCAUCAAAGUCGACGAGCCUCAGAAGGAUGAUGAGCCUGUUAAGGUUGACAAGCUCGACGAGAACGACAAGCCGAUGGACUUUGGCGGGCUCGACAAUAACGACAAGCGCGUCAAGGUCUAUGAGCUCCAGAACAAAAACCGGUAUGACCGUGGCACCGGGUUUUGUGCCGGUCAGCUCUUGACCAGUGGUGAAGGGCGUAUUGCUGUCCGGUCUGAAGACAAUGCCCAGCCCAUGCUGCUUGAUACCGAAAUCUUACACGACUGUGGAUACCAAAAGCAAGAGGAAACACUAAUCGUAUGGACCGAAUCAAGCGGCCUCGGCAUGGCGAUGACCUUUGAACAGGCAGAAAUGUGCGCCCAGAUAUGGGCUCUCAUCGUCAGUGUACAGCAGCGCGUGGUCGCAACAUAUCUCACAGUGUAUGACGGUCUGUCGCUCGCCGAUUCUACAAAGAUACCUGGCAUGUUUGCAACACUGGUCAUCAGUCUACCAUCUGUACACUGGGGAGGUGCUGUUACGGUGUCGCACAACGGACAAGAGUACUCGCUUGAGACCCAUAGCCACGACGGAAGAAACGGAAAACUGUCGUGA